AAUGGAUGAAAGUUUACUCAAAAUUUGCUUUUGCAUUAAAAACACAUUUCAACUAUCAAUAUUUUUUGUUUUUCUAUCAAAAUUUCCAUUCUAUUUUUCUACUUGAAAUAUCAUACUCAUUUAGAUAGAAAUCACUAAAGUCUUGAGGGUGGUACAAGAAUGAUGAUGCUCCAAAAUCUGCAACCCAAUUUCUGUUUUUUGGUGCUCAUUGUUUCUAUCCAAUGUUUACUGGUUACAGUCUUUUGUAAGGACCAUUACAGCAGAGGUGACUUCCCUCCUGGCUUUGUUUUUGGUGCUGGAACUUCUGCCUAUCAAGUUGAAGGGGCAGCAUUUGAAGAUGGAAGGACACCUAGUAUUUGGGACACUUUUGCUCAUGCUGGUUUUUCCAGUGGAGCCAAUGGAGACAUAGCAUGUGAUGUGUACCACAAAUACAAGGACGAUGUCCAACUUAUGGUUGACACGGGCUUAGAAGCCUACAAGUUCUCUAUUUCAUGGUCUAGACUUAUUCCUGGUGGAAGAGGACCUGUAAAUCCAAAGGGUUUACAAUUUUACAACAAUUACAUUGAUGAACUUAUCAGCCACGGUAUUCAACCACACGUUACACUAUUUCACAGUGAUCUACCACAGGCACUUGAAGAUGAAUAUGGGGGUUGGUUAAGCCGAAAGAUUGUAAAGGACUUCACCGCAUAUGCAGAGGUAUGCUUCAAGGAAUUUGGUGACAGGGUUAUGUAUUGGACUACCAUUAAUGAGGCCAAUAUAUUUGCGAUUGGAGGUUAUGAUUAUGGCUUCACCCCUCCUGGACGUUGUUCCCCGCCUUUUGGAGUUAAUUGUUCUAGAGGGAAUUCAUCUACGGAGCCAUAUAUGGUUGUUCAUAACACGUUGCUUGCACAUUCAUCUGCAAUGAAAUUGUACAGAAGAAAUUACAAGUCUACUCAACAUGGUUUCGUGGGAUUUAGUAUAUAUGGUUUGUGGGGCGUUCCUUAUUCAAAUGCACGGGCUGAUGUAAUUGCAGCACAACGAGCAAAUGAAUUUUAUACUGGGUGGAUUAUGAGCCCUUUUAUAGUUGGAGACUAUCCCUCUAUAAUGAAGAAGGCUGCUGGGACAAGAAUUCCAACCUUCACCAAAUAUGAAGCUAAGCUAGUUAAGGGCUCAGUUGACUUCAUAGGCCUAAACCACUAUAUUACUGUAUCUGUGAAGGACAAGCCUUCUAGCAUUGAAAAGCAUAGCAGGGACUUCGGUGCUGACAUGGAAGCAGAGGUCUCACUUGAGGCAUUGAAAGCAGAUCAGUAUCCGGUGAUACCUUCUGGUCUUUAUGAACUUCUGGAGUAUCUUAAAGAAGCUUAUGGCAACCUGCCGAUUUACAUUCAUGAAAAUGGUCAAAAGACUGCGCGCAAUGGGACUCUAAAUGACACGUCGAGAAUAGAAUAUUUGUAUGCCUACAUUCGGAGUGUUCUUAAUGCUGUUAGGAAUGGAUCGGAUACUAGAGGGUAUUUUGCGUGGUCCUUCUUAGACGGUUUAGAGUUACUUGGUGGCUAUGUACCGAGCUAUGGACUCUACUAUGUAGAUUUGGACGACAAAGAAUUAAGAAGGUAUCCAAAACUUUCUGCAUACUGGUAUGCCAACUUCUUAAAGGGAAAAAGCUCGACGAAAAGUUCAAUUUACCAAGUUGAUCAGGACAAACUAAUUCCUAUCUACAAAUCCUAGCUAGUUUUGUUGCUAAAAUGAUUUUACCUACACAAGGCGUGUUACACUAUCCAAACCUCACUUGUGUAAUUAAACUAGGUAUGUUGUUGUAAGGUGUUACAUUAUUAUCCUUUCAAAUAAUAUGAUGUUUACACCAAAC